AUGGAUGAAUCGCAUGAGAAGUUUUUCACAGAUGUAUAUAGUGUUUUAAAACAAUGGGAGUUUAUCAUCCUGUGCAUUCAGACGUUGCUUUUAUGGAAGCGUGUCUUGCCCAGUUUGAUCUUUACCUCAUUAGUACACAUUGUCUUUCUGUCAUUUGUGAAGAGCAGCCUUAGCACAUUGUUCAUUUUCUGCCUGGUAUUGUUUCUUAUUCUGUUUUGCAAUCUGUUAAACCCACUGGUGGCGAAGACUUUAAAUGUUUCUAAAACUUCAUCCGGUUCAUUCUCAGAACUUGUAUCUCUCUGUCAGCAAAAUGGAAAUAUUAUGUCCACCGUUGAACUUAGCCGUUGGAUAUCCAGAGGUAUUUAUAGUGCAUGUACAAUUGUUAAUAAACUUGCACCCUGUCGUCGGAAUCAUCCUCUUUCGUUCUUCAUUAUCUCAAGUACUAUCAGCAUUGGAUGCAUCUUACUGAGCGUCUGCAAUGCUGCUAAUUCUGCUGUAUUCCCCGGUGGAAUUUUAAUGGAUGAAAUCGUUGAAUCAGAACCUAAUCAACUCGAAACGGAAGAGUUAGAUAACUCUGAGGCAGUAUUUAUCAAACAGUUUGUCUCAGAUAUCAGUGCUGAAGAGUUAGAUCGUUUGUUUUCUGAGGCUCUCGGGGAGCACGAAAAUGUAUCACGGAAUUCUAAACACUUGAAAUCGGAUUUCACCGAUUCUCCGGGAUUUAAUGACGAUAUCUAUCCACCUAUCAAGCGAGAAUCACAUUCUCCAGCUUCGUGGGCAAUGGGAAGUGAGUAUGCAACGGAUGAUGAUGAAAGCAGUGAUAUUAUGGGUGAGGUCUGUCCAUCGCUGAUUACACCAAAUAAAGAAACAGAGCAUGAAGGGUUUAUAUUUAUCAGAAAACAAGAAUGA